CACGAAACGAAACACAAACACACGAUGAUGAAGAUGCUGAGGAGGUGGAGUGUGCAUGGCGUGGCUGCUGCGACAGCCACUGCCGUGUCGAGAAGCACCGUGCACAGACGCGCGCCACUCGUUGCCGUGUCCCUGUCCUUAGUGGCCAUGGUAGCGGUGCUGCUGCUGAGUGGCGGCGGCGGUGGCGUGCAUGCGCGUGUGGGCGACCCCGACGACCCGUGCCGCGCCCAGUGCAACUUCACCAGCAUCUGCUCAUCCACAGGCUCGAGCGGCGGCGACUGCCUGCGCGCUGUGGAAUGCGUGCUGGCGCUCCAGGCCGACGAGAGCGUCGUGUGCCACCAACCGUGCAUCACAGACUGCGCCAACGAGCACCUCACCAGCCUGCCAGAGGUGGCGGCGUUCGACCUUGCCCUGCAGUGCGGCGAGGCGUGCUACACGCUCCUGCCGUGCGCGGGCCACCAGGACUGCCCGGACCACCUCUACUGUGCCGAAGAUGCGCGGUGCAGGCACUGCACCCACUGCUACGAGACGCUCGCCGGCGCCGGCGGUAACGCCACCUCCACCACAGGCGAUGGCAGCGUGAACGCCACAACCUCCACCACCAGCACGACAACAACAGCAACAACGACGACAACCACCGCCACGACAUCCACAAGCACAAACACAGACAGCAACAUCGGCAGUACCGUGACGCCGCUGACAACGCGGACGGCGUUGACAGAGUGUCCACAGCGCUGCAGGCCGUUUGCUCCCGAGCUCAUGGACGACUGCGGCCUGUGCUCGUGCCUGGAGAACGGGUACGUGAGCUGCAGAAACAUCCCAUCCAUCGAGGUCCUGCUGGCGCACCUGGAGGUGCUGCCGGUCACCACGCGCCACCUCGACCUGUGGCGAACGGGGCUGUCCUUCAUCCCCGUAGAGCACCUUGCUCGGUUCACGUCGCUGGAGGUGCUGGAUCUCAGCUUCAACCUCAUCCCGGCCCUCAACCAGGACCUGCCGCUCUACCUGCCGAAGCUGCACACGCUCGACCUCAGCUUCAACCUCAUCGCCUACAUCCGGCCAGACACCCUCAACCUGCCCUCCCUCCGCGUGCUCAACCUCGCCAGCAACCGCUUGCCUGUUCUGAGCGCAUCAUGGAUGCGCCGCUUGCCGCACCUGGUCUCCCUCGACCUGGGCCGCAACCUCAUCACCGCCAUCGCCGCCAAGGCGCUUGUCUUUGUACAGGAGCUGCAGAUGCUGGAUGUGUCGAACAACAUCAUCACCGCUCUUCGCAGCGGCGCCAUCACCCCAGCACCGCGCAUGCAGGACCUCAGGCUCAACAGCAACCCGCUCUCCUUGCUCGACGGCUCACCGUUUGCGGCGCUGGCGCAGAGCAGCCUGCUGCGCACCAUCAACCUCACGGACACCGCCCUCACCUCCCUGCCCCACACGGCCUUCACUGCCCUGCCUGUGCGGCGCAACAUCGUGCACCUCCCGCACACCAUCAUCAACUGCACCAGUGCUGCCGCCAACGCCACGACCGCGUGCACGUCCCCGCUGCUGUCUGCUCUCCCCUACGAGGCGCGACCCGUGUUCACCGUUGAUGACUGCUGCGCGCACGCGUGGGCGGCACAUGACACGCGGUUUGCAUCGGAUGUCGCCAUCAUGUGCAACGCAACAGCUGAGCUCACGGCCACCAUUGCAGCCAGGCACGCCGGCACUGGCGGCGCUGGUAAUGCCACGUCCUCCACAACGGCAGCGCAGCCAACCACCGCGGCCACCACGACGGCCACCACGACGGCCACCACGACGGCCUCCACGGGCACAGGGACGACGGUGCUGCUGCCGCUCGCUGCUGUUGAUGUGGGCGACUGCACGUGCUUGACACAGGACCAGCAGGCGACGCUGGCAGCACUUCGCGACAACAUUGCCGCCUUUCCCACCUGCCCAACCUCCCUCCUCGGCGCCAGCAUCUACGACCCCUCGCACCGCGCGUGUGUGUCACCGCGCGCGUGCUAUCCGUCGUGCAACGACCUGACCGGGUGGGCGCCGGCCCAGGAGCGGCUGGAGGGCGGGGCCAUCCUGCGCCUCAGCCUCCAACUUGGUCUCAACGUCUCCCAGCUCAUCCAGCAGUUUGCACAGACCGUGGACGUGUUUGACCAGGCAGAGCUCGGCUUGCAGGGCCUGCAGACGCAGCUGCUGGACUUUGUGCUGCCCAACUGCCCGCCAGGAACAUAUGCGGACACGGGCGAUGCCGUGGCGUGCAAUGUUCUCUUCCGCGGCCGCUUCGCCGGGGUUGACGUUGAGCUGGCCAGCACCCCGUUUCCAAUCACCGUCGGACAGGCGUUCUGCAGAGGUUGUGCCAGCUCCGGAUGCGAGGCGUGCGACGCUGCCAGUGACGGCUUGGACUGUCGCAAGUGCUUCCCCGGCCUCUAUCUCCAUGAGGGCGCGUGUGUCGCUGCGUGUCCUGCGGGCUACUCUGCCACCAACGGCACCUGCCAGCCCUGCAUCGACUCCGCCUGCCUCGCCUGCCCCGUGUCCGCCAGCAUCUGCACCGCCUGUGCAUCAGGGUCUGUCCUCCACAAUGGCGCGUGUGUCGCCCGCUGCCCGGCCCGCACGUUCGCUGCAACGGCUGCGGGCGGCCUCGUGUGCACGCCGUGUGCCAGCGACGGCUGCGAGAGCUGCACCAGUGCCAGCACGUGCGAGGCGUGCGAACCAGGCCUCUUCCUCCACAACGACGCAUGCAUACACACAUGCCCGCCAGGGACACACGCGCUCGGGACGCGCACGAUUGGCGUUCGUGGCGGAGUGUGUCGCCCGUGCACGGAGGUGAACUGUAUCGAGUGCGAGAGCGACGUGUGCACGCGCUGCUCCCCGGAUGCAGCAGCGGCAUAUCUGCUCAGCGGGCGCUGCGUCGACCGGUCCGUGUGCGACGCCACCGACGGUCGCGUCCCAGAUGUGCUUGACGUAUCCAUGUCCAUCGCAAGCACGACAACCACAACCACCACAACAACCACCACAACAACCACAACCACCACAACAACAACGACAGCUGCAACGGCGGCCGCACUGCUGACAACAUCUGCACCUGCCAGCACCGCCACCAACGCGACGACCGCCACCAUCGCCAGCACCAACGCCACCAUCUCGCGCGUGUGCCGGCCGUGUCUGGAGCCCAACUGCCGCGUGUGCCGCGUCGACGACGAGUGCCGCGUGUGCCAGAACGGCUUCCUUCUGCUCGAUGGCCGCUGCGUGCCCGCGUGCCCGCUCGGCUUCCACGCCUCCGCCGGCCCGUCUGGCAUUGGCGGGUGCCCGGCUGGCAGCAACUGCCUCACGUGCAACGCCACAGACUGCCUGUCGUGUGACCCGGUCUCCCCGUACCCUGUGUUGCACCGCCUCUCCACGGGCCGCCUGGCGUGCACCACGCGCUCAAGCGCUGACUCGGCAAGCAGGACCCUCACCCCCGGCCAGACGGCGGCGGUGCUGGUGGUGCUGCUCGUGCUGCUGCUCGUGGGUGCCCUCGCCUGGCUGUACCACGUGUACCGCAAGCGCUACGCAAAGCGAAAGACGUUCCACUUCUUCAUCAGCUACCGGCGCGAUGUGCACGACGAGCUGGCGCAGGAGCUGUGCUCGCGGCUGCAGCGGCUGUUCCUCACCACGGGCCACCGCGUCGUGUGCUUCCUGGACCGACAGGACAUUCGCGAGGGCGACGACUGGCGGCAGCGGUUCAGGAAAGGGCUCAUGCGCUCCUGCGCGUACCUCCCGCUGCUGUCGCACGAAUCCCUGGCAGAGGUGCGGGAGGGGACAUUCAAGCACACGCCCGACAACUUCCUGACGGAGAUGGAGCUGGCACUGCAGCAGCAGCGGUCGCGGCGCAUUGCAGUCCUGCCGCUGCUCGUCUCCAGCGGGGGAGGUGAUGUGCCCUGUGACGACACCGGCACUGGCAUCAUGGAGACGAAGACACUCGAGGGUGGAGAGAGCGAUGUGAGGGUGCUGGGCAAACCAGUGCUGGGGCGAACACCAACUACCGCCACCACGACCACCAUCGUCAGCGAUGACAGCGAGGAUGAGAACAGUCAGAGCAGUGACGACAGCGACGACAGCGCCGACGAUGCGCAGCAGCAGCAGCAGCAGCAGCAGCAGCAGCAGCAGCAGCAGGAGCGCCAUGAUGGCCCUGGAGCCAAGGCAUCGGCCUCUCCAUCACCAACAUCAUCGUCACCAUCGCCAUCAUCGGAAGCGCCUUCCUCGGUGUCAUCAUCUGGUUGCGAGCACCGCCGUGCACGCCUACAGCGACACGACGCCAAUGCUGUUGAAGACGUGGUCGCGAGUGGCGGCGAUGCCAGAGGCAGCAGCUGCCAAGGCACAGCGAAGAAUGGCUCCUCCAGAAAGGAGACUGGCAACGGUGUCACCAAGAAGGGUGGGUUGAGUGCGGUAAGUGCAAACAACACGACCACCGCCGUGCCAGAGGGCGACAGCGCGAUCAAGCGGUUCUGCGACUUCAACCUGGAGCUGUACCCUGACGGCAAUCACAUUGCGUCCGGCGUGCGCGCGCGCGACACCCUGGCGAGCAUCUUCCAGUUCCACGGGCUGUUUCUGCCGGCGGACCCGGCCGGCAUCACGGAGGAGCACAUGCGCAGCUGCGUGGAGUUCCUUGAGACGCGGGCGUGGGGCGCGGGCAGGGAGGACGAGGGCGAGGAAGAGGAAGGCCUCAACCUGCAGCGGUACUGGCGCGCAAGCGAACGCGGAGCAAGCGCGCUGCUGCACGCGUUUGGACAGGACACCCCCGUGGCGCCGGCAGUGGGGAAGCUGUCGACAACGCGCGACGGGUGGGUGUCUGUUGCUGGCGGGACGAUUGAGGACGCGGGGGAGGACGGGAAACGGCACGCGCGGGGCCGCAUGGACCUGGUGCGGGUGCUCGGUGAGUGGAUUGGAGAUCUGAUGUGGGCAGCGGAGGAGCGGUCGCAGGUGGAGCGGCGGCAGUGGUCCCCAGAGAUGAUGCGCAUGGAGACAACAACACGCGAACUGCUGGACAAAAUCGAGUCUGCACGUGGCCAGCUGGAGGCCGAGACGGCGAGAUUGCGGCCGCGGCUGCACACAUACGCGCGCGACCGCCGGGAGACGGACAUGUCUGUAUCCGGCGCUGCUGCCGCUGCGACGACGGUUGCGCGGAGGCGACGGCGCGCACAGCUGCAGAUGCAGGCGACAAAUCCGGCGUUUGCCGCAUACACACUGGAGGAGGAGCACGAGGUGUAG